UCUUCAAGAUAUUAAUCCUUCAACUUGUUCAAUUCCCUUUCUCACUAGUACUCUCUUUAUUAAUUUAUCCAGAGAAAUUAAGGAUGAACAGGCCAGGCGACUGGAAUUGCAGGUCCUGCAACCACUUGAACUUCCAAAGGAGGGAGUCCUGCCAGCGCUGCGGAGAAGGUAGACCGGGCGGUGACCAGAGAGGAGACUACGGGAGCUUCGGAGGGAGGGGCGGCGGCGCUUCCUCCUUUGGAUUCACCACCGGGCCCGACGUCCGCCCCGGUGACUGGUACUGCAGCCUUGGCAACUGCGGUGCUCAUAACUUCGCCAGCCGUUCCAGCUGCUACAAGUGCGGCGCUUCCAAGGAUGAGUCAUCCGGCAGCAGCGGCGGUUAUGAGGCCGAAAUGAAUAGAAUGAGAGGCUACGGCUUCGGCAGCGGCGGCUCUAGUCGAUCUGGAUGGAAAUCUGGGGACUGGAUUUGCACCAGGUCGGGUUGCAAUGAGCACAAUUUUGCGAGCAGGAUGGAAUGCUUCAGAUGCAAUGCUCCAAGAGACUCCAGUACUGGCAAGUCUCCAUAUUCGUAGAUUUUCUGUUAUUUACUAAAAAUUAUUGGUACUACUGCCGUUAAUUUCCUAAGUAAUAUUUAAGAAUUGGAUCGAAAGACAUUUCUGAUCUCAUUGUGUCUCGUUCGAGCUACGUACUGAUUUCUUUUUGGCCCUCCCAAUCUCCUCUAUAUUGAUCUUUUCUUCUUCUUUUUAUUUUUAUUUUUUUUUAUUUUCCAAUUUCUAGAUGUGUAUUUGAUCUUCAGGUGAUGAAGACUCAAUAUCUAUGUUCAAUUAAAGCCAAAUUAUAAUUUGGCAUUUU